AUGAUGAUGAUGAUGAUGAUGAUGAUGAUGAUGAUGAUGAUGAUGAUGAUGAUGAUGAUGAUGAUGAUGAUGAUGAUGAUGAUGAUGAUGAUGAUGAUGAUGAUGAUGAUGAUGAUGAUGAUGAUGAUGAUGAUGAUGAUGAUGAUGAUGAUGAUGAUGAUGAUGAUGAUGAUGAUGAUGAUGAUGAUGAUGAUGAUGAUGAUGAUGAUGAUGAUGAUGAUGAUGAUGAUGAUGAUGAUGAUGAUGAUGAUGAUGAUGAUGAUGAUGAUGAUGAUGAUGAUGAUGAUGAUGAUGAUGAUGAUGAUGAUGAUGAUGAUGAUGAUGAUGAUGAUGAUGAUGAUGAUGAUGAUGAUGAUGAUGAUGAUGAUGAUGAUGAUGAUGAUGAUGAUGAUGAUGAUGAUGAUGAUGAUGAUGAUGAUGAUGAUGAUGAUGAUGAUGAUGAUGAUGAUGAUGAUGAUGAUGAUGAUGAUGAUGAUGAUGAUGAUGAUGAUGAUGAUGAUGAUGAUGAUGAUGAUGAUGAUGAUGAUAUAA